UAUAUCUAAGCUGUAGUCCUCCCGGGAUAAACAGAAAUAACAAUAAAUAGAGUCUCGGCGGGCCAGCGUUCAGAGGCAUCAUGGAGGAGAAGGAUGAGGCCGUCGUGGUCAAACGCGGCAGUUCGGAGCAGAGGAAGCUGCGUUCUCGUGAUGCGGCCCGAUGUAGGCGGAGCCAGGAGACAGAGGUGUUCUAUGACCUGGCCAGCACGCUGCCGCUCCCCCGUCGAGUCUGCACCCACCUGGACAAGUCCGCCAUCAUGAGAGUCGCCCUCAGCUUCCUGCGGAUGCACCACCUAAUCCUUCAACCUGGCGAGAAUCAGAGAGAGAAGUCAGAGGAGAAGGUGGAGAAGCUGGAGUUGGACGAGGAAGAGGAUGAAGAGGAAGAAGAAGAUCCAAUGGAUUCUUUCUACCCUCAAGCGCUGGCCGGCUUCAUCAUGGUGAUGACCGAGGAGGGAGACAUGAUCUACCUGACGGAAAACGUCAGCAUCCACAUCGGCAUCCCACAGCUGGAGCUGCUGGGUCAGAGUAUCUAUGACUUUGUUCACCCCUGUGAUCAGGAGGAGCUCAGAGACCUGUUGAUUCCACGCCCAGGUUCACGCAAGAAGCCGCUGGCAGAGCAGCCGAGCGAGAGGAACUUCUUCCUGCGGAUGAAGAGCACUCUGACCAGCAGGGGGCGCACCGUCAACAUCAAGUCUGCUACCUGGAAGGUUCUCCACUGCACGGGUCACAUCCGUCAGGUGGGCUCCGCCUCUCCUCCUAUGGGCGGAGCAAUGACUCUGCUGUGUGAGCCCAUCCCUCACCCGUCCAGCGUGGAGUUCCCUCUGGACACGCACACCUUCCUCACCCGCCACAACAUGGACCUGCACUUCACACACUGCGAGGGCAGGGUGACAGAGUUGGUGGGAUACAAACCUGAAGAUCUGAUUGGCCGCUCAGCUUACGAGUUUCAUCACGCCCUUGACUCUGAUCACGUCAAAAAGAGCAUGCACACACUGCUGUCCAAAGGUCAGGUGAGCACCAGACACUACCGUUUCCUGGCGAACAGCGGCGGCUUUGUGUGGGCGGAGACUCAGGCGACCGUCCUCUACAGCAGCAGGACUUCACAGCCGGAGGCCGUCGUCUGCCUCAACUAUAUUCUCAGUGGCGUGGAGGAGCCGGACCUCGUCUUCUCCGUGGAGCAGACCCGCUGUGAACAGCUGCCUGAAGCAGCCGAGCCCCAGGCGCCGCAGCUCGCGACGAAGGAUUGUGAGACUUCCGACAUCAGCAACUCCAACAUCAGCAACUCCGACCCGGACGGUGAGCGCCUCGUUGGCUCCAGUCCGACUGAGGACGCAGGUUUGAAUCCCAGCAGUGCGACGGAGCUCUUUUUCAAACUGAAGGAGUUGCCGGAGGAGCUUUUUCAGUUGGCUCCCGAGGCCGGAAGUACCAUCUUCCCGUUGACGGAAGAUUUUGUUGAGCUGUCGUUCGCCCAUCUGCCGAGUCCGAGCUCGCUGCCGGACCACCCUCAGGAGUUGUGCAGUCCGCAGCUGCGACAGCUCCUCUCACCCAUCUUCAGCCUCAUCACUCCACCUUUAUCAUUAUCAUCAUCAUCAUCAUCACCGGCCUCCCCACCUGAUGAUGAGUUGAGACCCUGUGAGGAGGAGGUGACGGACCCAAGGCAGGUGGAGAGGUUCUUCGCUGUUUGGCCCGAGGAUGGUGAGAAGAAAGAGGAAGCACUGAAGAUAGAGGUGAUGGACCUGGACAUGCUGGCUCCUUACAUCUCCAUGGACGACGACUUCCAGCUGACCAUCCUCAGCAGUCUGCCCGAGGAAGACGACAAAACUUCUUCCUCCGAGCCGUCAGCUGUGGCAUCUGCAGUGAGCAGGAAGCGGGCUUAUAACCCGGACGAGGAGACGCUGGCCGAGCUGCUGAUUCACGACAAGAGACAGAAACGAGAUCCGUCCUCAAUAGAAGAGGAGCUUCUUCUUGACCACGGACUUCUGAGCUGUCUGGAGGAAACCGACCAAUCAGAUUUGUUCAUGGAGCUGGGUGUUGCAGGGCGGAGUCAGCUGCUCACAGAUAGAGACCCUGUUUUAGGAGGCACACAGGGACUCUGUGAUACUGGAUUUCUGAUGGGGGACAUAUUCGCACCUCGUCCACUGGACCUGUCGCCGCCUCAUACGCCCAUGACUUGACGGGAGCCUCUUUUUCAAUCAAGAGUCGCCCCGACUUCUGCGCUCAAACAGCGGGAUGCAAAUGUAGACCGACGCCCGCUGUGUAACCACGCUGUGAGGUCCAGCGUGACCACCAUGCUCUAGUAGUUGCUGAACCAGGACCGGUCCAAGUGAGAACUGAUGACGGGUUGUACAGCAGGUGGGAGGUGCCCAUCGCAGCCCGGUCACUCGUUUUCCCUCUACAUAAAACACUUAAGCUCUGAUUUAAUGUGAGAAUCCAUCAGGUGGUGCUAAAAGAAAUCCUGUGGCAAAUCUGGAAAUAUUUCCCUGUGCAGCUCAAUGAAAUUCAUCACGGAUUUCAAUUUUAUCACAUUUAAUCUGUCAGUAUGUGUCAUUAUUUAGGUAUGAUGUGCAUGAGCUCCCACAAUAAUCUGCUUUAACUUUGAGCCAAUGUCCGCCUAGUAUAAACGUUUUUUUAAUUUUUUAUGUCAAUGCCAUUUUGUGUUGUUCUUUUAAAUUACAUCUAAAAAACAACUCAAACCCGUACAUCAGUGGCAGCAUUUAUUUCAGUGGCAUAUUUUUACUGUUAUUCUUAUUAACGUGUUAUCUAAAACCCACGAUGGCCUCCAAAUUCCCCGUGGCGUUUGUUUUAAUCUUCCUGUGGUGCCAGGUGGGUGGGGUUUACCUUUAUGAUCUAACGUGAGGCAAUCAGAUGUUUGGUGCCGGCAUGAAAGUGUUUCCCUUCUAGAAACACAGUGUGAGCGAAACAAAUGGUUUGUCCUUUUUAUUAUAAUUAAAACAAAUUGGGAAAUAUAAUGUGAUUUAAAAACAGAUUGUAAUAAAAACAGUAGAUGUUUUUUUUUUAAGUAGCGAGUUUGUUCAAGCACUUAUUAGAAAAGCAUUUAUAACACUAGCAUCAAACAUGAGUUUGAUUUCAUGACUUGUGCCUCAACAUACUCUAACGAGAAAACACUUGUACUUUACAGUUGUAGCACUUGAUGAAUAUAUCGUAUUGUGUGUCAUAUUGUGAUUUAUUUUGGCCUUAGACUUCUGUAAGUUUCGACAAAUAAAACCUCAAACUACCAAUUUA